CCGGGAAUCAAAGUCGAAGACUCCAACACAAUAUGAUUUUUUCCUUUCUAAGACAUUUCUCUGGUAGUCCAACAAAAGGAUAUUGUUUAACUGACUCACAUUUUAGUAACUGUGGAGAUACUCGGACGGCUGGGACCAAUCAGAGGUGAGGGGGCAGUCAACGCCAUACAAAUAAGCAUCUGCUUUCCUGCAAUUGAACACAUCCGCCAAGAUUUCAUCUGUGUCGGAGGCCGAUGUCCUGGCCCUCAAACAUACUGACGGAGAUUCACAUCUUUGGAAGCAGAAGCACGUCCAUGCAGGGGGACAAAAUGUAUGCUGUUUGGGUGGCACCGCUACUUCUGAUGAUUACAAUAAGUCCCAUGUGGGUUGAUGGAGCCGUGGUGGUGUACGCUCAGGAGGGUGGGUCCAUCCAACUGCCCAGGGAAGGCAAGGCAGGGGACGGAGUUUACAUGACAUGGUACUUUGGAAAAACAGAAAGUGAGAUCGAGGUGUACAAUAAACACGGCUUGGGCCAAAUCACAAUGAGCCCAUCUUGGAAGGACAGGAUCUCUAUAUCUAGCACAGAUGAUUCCCUCAUCAUCCAUAAAGUUCAUGCUUCAGACUUCGGAUUCUUCCGAUAUGAACAGAAAGAGAGGCAGAACACAAUUGUUAACAUUGUGUACAAACUGUACGAGGUUACUGUCACUUCUCCAACAACUGUGCUUCAUGGGGAGUCUGUGACUCUGACAUGCGAGGCAGACACAUCUACAGUCUACCCAAGCAUAAUCUGGAUCCCUCCUGAGACGGUGGACCAAACACGAAAGAGAAUGUACACAAAACAGAUUACAAUUCCAGAUCUGUCAUGGCGCGAUAAGGGUGUUUGGACCUGUUCAGUGAACUAUAAUAAAGCCACCACUAGUGCAACAACUACCAUUCAUGUUGUGGACCUCCUUCCCACCCCGUCGGAGCCCAUCUACACAUCUCCCUCCUCCACCACCCCUCUCCACCUGCCCUGCUCCAUCUCCUCCCCAGUGGAGUGGGGGGUGAUCCUGGAUAAGGGCUUCCGGGGAGGGAGCUGGACUUUCCUUCCUGCUGCCCCAGGCUCUGGGGGGCCCAGUCAGAUCGCCUCCCUCUCCCGAAACGCCACCCCACGCUGGGACAUCAUCAUGCCAAGCAGCAAAACGGACGGCUCUGCCCUGGAGAAAGGACUCAAGGGGAACGACCUGUCUUUGAGUAAGAAGGUUGUGACCGUGGCGGACAGGGGUAACUACACCUGUGCACUGAAGUUCGAGAAGGUCAAGCUGGAACGGACAGUGAGGGUGGAGGUUCUGCAGGUCGUCGCCAGUCCAAGCCCGCGUGCCUUCGAGGGCCAGCGGCUGAAUCUGACCUGCACGCUAGGAUCCGGCCUGGACCCUGAGAGUGAGCUGGAGGUGAAGUGGGUCCCUCCGAAGGCCGUCUCCCUCCCCAUCCUGGCGUCCGCCCCCCACCCCCACCCCCACCCCCACACCCUGUCCGUGGAGGCGUCCGUGAGCCACAGCGGGAGGUGGAGGUGUGAGCUGCGGAAGAGGAACAAGACGCUGACAUAUGCAGACGUGUCGCUCAAAAUAGAGAAGCUCCCGGUGGACGUGUGGCUGUGGGUGGGCAUCGCCAGCACUGGCCUGAUCGUCAUCCUGCUCAUCUUCAUCGGCAGGGCCCUGAUCAAACGCCGUCGACAGAGGACACAGCGGCGUAAGACCAGAUUCUGCUGCUGCAAAAACCCUAAGCCACAAAAAGGAUUCUACAGGACCUGAAGGGAGGAGAGAAAGGACACGUCUUGGAUAAGGAAGUUCUAACAGUGUCAUUGUUGUUGAUGAUGACAAAUUUAAUUAAUGAUUCAUAGGACAGAAGACUAGAGUUUGUUGAGAACCCAUACUCUUAAAAGUGCCUAUACAGGAAACAGAAGCUCAGUGAGUCAGAAGUUAAGUCUAUGAUAAAAACAUUGCUUUCCUUAAAUAGUUUUACUGUAUUUCUUACAGCAUACUUGCAGCAUAGGCUAACACUGUAUAAAAGAUUUAUAUGUACAUAUUUUGAAUGCUACUGUAUGAGUUUUAAAUGUGCUUAUUUUACCUCUGUGCCUAUUUAAGCUUCACUUUCAAAUAAAAUAGUGUUCUUUUUGUC